AAAUAUUCCAACGUCCUCCUUUCGCGCCAUCUGAGACGAUCUGCGCAUGUGCAGGAGCGAGAAGUGGUUGGUGGCUUGUUGUGUUUUUUUUUUUGUCCCAAGGCGCUGCCGUACCGUCCAGGCGGCGAGUUGCAUUCUGGUUCUGUCGUGUCCCUGGUGUGUGGAGCUGGUUCUCCCACUGACCACGGUCGCCACCGCCGUCAUGAACCGCGAGAGCUUCGCGGCGGGCGAGCGACUGGUGUCGCCGGCUUACGUGAGGCAGGGCUGUGAGGCCCGCCGCUCGCAUGAGCACCUCAUACGGUUGCUUCUGGAGAAGGGCAAAUGUCCAGAGAAUGGCUGGGAUGAAAGUACACUUGAACUCUUUUUACAUGAACUUGCAAUCAUGGACAGCAACAAUUUCUUAGGCAAUUGUGGUGUGGGAGAAAGGGAAGGGAGAGUUGCAUCCGCAUUAGUUGCUCGUCGUCAUUACAGGUUCAUUCAUGGGAUUGGACGAUCGGGUGAUAUUUCUGCUGUGCAACCAAAAGCUGCAGGCUCUAGCCUUUUGAACAAAAUUACCAAUUCUUUGGUCCUGGACAUUAUCAAGCUGGCUGGUGCCCAUACAGUAGCCAACUGCUUUGUAGUUCCUAUGGCAACUGGUAUGAGUCUAACCCUAUGUUUCUUAACAUUACGACACAAAAGACCAAAGGCAAAGUAUAUUAUAUGGCCACGAAUAGACCAGAAGUCCUGCUUUAAAUCCAUGAUCACUGCAGGUUUUGAGCCUGUGGUGAUAGAAAAUGUUUUGGAAGGUGACGAGCUGCGUACAGACCUGCAAGCAGUAAAGGCUAAAGUCCAGGAACUUGGGCCUGAUAACAUUCUGUGUAUUCAUUCUACUACAUCCUGUUUUGCUCCGAGGGUGCCUGAUAGACUAGAAGAACUGGCUGUGAUUUGUGCUAAUUUUGGCAUUCCACAUAUAGUCAAUAAUGCUUAUGGAGUGCAGUCUUCAAAGUGUAUGCACCUCAUUCAGCAGGGGGCUCGAGUUGGUAGAAUAGAUGCUUUUGUUCAGAGCUUGGACAAAAAUUUUAUGGUUCCAGUAGGUGGCGCUAUAAUUGCUGGCUUUAAUGAUUCCUUCAUUCAGGAAAUCAGCAAGAUGUAUCCAGGAAGAGCUUCAGCUUCACCUUCUUUAGAUGUCCUUAUUACUUUAUUAUCACUUGGAUCAAAUGGCUAUAAGAAACUAUUAAAAGAAAGAAAGGAAAUGUUUUCAUAUUUGUCCAACCAAAUAAAGAAGUUGUCAGAAGCCUACAAUGAAAGACUGUUGCAUACACCUCACAAUCCCAUAUCUUUAGCUGUGACACUUAAAACAUUAGAUAAACACCAUGACAAAGCUGUCACUCAGCUUGGCUCUAUGCUUUUUACCAGACAGGUUUCUGGAGCCAGGGUUGUGCCUCUUGGGUCUGUGCAAACUGUGAGUGGCUAUACUUUCAGAGGCUUUAUGUCACAUACAAAUAAUUACCCUUGUGCUUACCUCAAUGCUGCAUCAGCCAUCGGAAUGAAGAUGCAGGAUGUGGACCUGUUCAUAAAGAGACUUGACAGGUGUUUAAAGACAGUAAGAAAAGAACAAAGUAAAGAGAGUGAUGACAAUUAUGACAAAACUGAAGAUGUGGAUAUUGAAGAAAUGGCUUUAAAACUAGAUAAUGUACUUCUUGACACACACCAGGAUGCUUCUUCAUGACAUGCAGAGGGUUUCUUCUUGAUCAUUUGAAAGAAAUGAUAAAGCUGUAGUACAAGCAAGUAGUUUAAAGACAAGACUUGAGAUUUUUGAAUUGAGAAUUUCAUGGAGAAUAUUCAGUCAAGGAGUAGACUGUCGUCUGAACUAGCCAUGGGUGAUUGUUAAGUUUUCCAUUCUUAGACUGCUUCAAUCCUUGUGAUCCUUAACAGGUUAUAAUAUACAAUUAGCAUUUUUCUAAUUGUUAGGAUAUCUGUCAGUUAAGCCUCAUGGAUCAGAUAAUUUUUACUAGUGUAAUGACAGUAAUAUUACCUUCAAUUAUUUUUGAAAUGCAGAUCACACAGAAUUGAGAAAGGUCUCUUAUGCUACUAGAUACUAGUUGUUUGUUGAAAUGUGUAAGUCACAAUGUGCCUGUAAAAUGGACAUUCCCCAGGGAAGCAGAGACAAGAUAAAAACUUCCAUUGUGACCCAAAAGCAGUGGUUCUCAACUGGGGAUGAUUCACUUAUCCAAACAGCAUCUGCGGACAUUUUUGGUUGUCACAACUGGUGGGAUGCCAUUAGCAUCUAGAGGAUACAGGCCAGGGUGCUGCUCAACAUCCUACAAUGCAUGGGCAACUCCCCACAACAAAGAAUUACCCAGCCCAAAAUGUCAGCAGUGCUGAAGUUGAGAAAUACUCCUCUAAAGCAGAGAAACUCCCCCGAGUAAAGAGAAGUUUACCAUAGCAACUUUAAUUAUUCAGUAGUACUUCAAAGAAGAUAGCUUUAUAAAUGUCAUCAAAUAUAGAGAAUCUUAAGUGAUAACUAGGGUCAUGGGUUCUAAACACGUCAUUAUGGCACUGGUGCAUUUUUCCAUUUGGGUAAGGGAAACCGUUAUUCCACUUACUGUUUUUGCUUUAAGCAGCCUGUGAAUAUUGGUUAGUUUGUUCAGAUGUUGUGCACAGACAUCAUCAAAAUUGGCUAACAUACGCAUUUUUGCUAGGAAGGGGAAAAUCAUAUAGUGUGAUAAACAGGGGUAUUGCCCCCUUUCUGCCCAUGUGUUCAUUUUUCUAAGUCUGAAAUUCCAGACUUACUUGCAUUAACAAUAAUUUUGUUGUUAAUUUAAGAAAUAGACUGAUAUGUCAUAGCCUGAAGAGUUACUGAAGCUUCUAAACAUGCCACCAUGCCAAAGCCAUGUUUCUCAAAACCAGCUCUGUGGAUCAUUGUUCCUAAAAGGUGCUCAUGGGGAGAAAAUGUUCUGUAGACAAAUAAAUUUGGGAGCCACCUUUGCAAACCUGCCUGUUGGCAUAUUAAAGGCUCUAAGAAUUGCUUCACUAACUAACCCAGUUUGAAUAUAUCCUUAUCCAAAGAGAAACUUAUUUUUUAAAGUGAAGUAUUUAUUAACAGCCCAUUGAACAUACUUUUAAAAACACUACAGUAGAGAAUGGUAUGUUGCCUUCUGGGUUACAUUUUUCUUAUUGAUUUGGCAUUGUAACCUAUAUAUAAGAAAGGGAUUUUCUGGUAUUUUGGUGACAUUGUGCAUUGUCCCAGACUGUUUGUAAACAUGAGCUCAGAUAGAUACCUCUUCCUUUAAUGUGUAAGGUAGACUCCUAUGGUCACUGGCUUGACCGCCUUGGAAGUCAAUACUAUUUUGAGAUAUAAAGUUUUUAAUUAUGAAUAUCACAAAGUUUAUUUUAAAAUGUAUUUAUUUUAUCUUUGGGGCUCAAACAUUUAAAAAAAUUACAUAGUUGUAAUAACUCAUUUCAAGGGAAUAAAUACUGGAUUAAAAAGUGUAAAUUUUUAAUGAGAAUUUGGGACUAAAUUGCAGAGCCGAUAAAGCUGAAGAGUUGCAAACUCUAAAGUCAAGAAAAGCAUUGAAAUGAUGUUGCAAAUGUAAAUGCUGGCAGUGCAGCUUACCACACAUGUAAGCCAAAAUUGUUUUAUAGAGCAAGUGAUCUAUAUUGUUGUGAUCAUCAUUUAGCUUAAGAAAGGCCAGAGCUGGGAGACUCGCAAAUGUUUUUUCAUCUGCAGUAUAUCAGCAGUUCUUGGGCUUCAGCUGCUGAAUAGAUAAUAAUUCUAAUUGAAGACAAAUUACAUGAACUCACAUGUGAAUGAUAGAUAUGUUACAACAUUUCAUUCCUGAUGCAUAAAAUCAGCUGUGGUUUUUAGUAUUAACCCUUUCUUUUUCUGUGGUUUUGGAAUUCUAGCUCUAUUCUUUCUGGCUUAAAAUUUGACUCUGAGAUCAUGGAAUUCACAACAGUUUUAGAAGAGUUCUGUCUAUUCAGGCUUUCCUUGGUCCUCACCCUAGUGUCAUUUUCCCUUACUCCCAUUUCCACAUGUAAGUAUUAAAAAGGAUGUGUUUAUUAUAAUUUGGUAGUACUGAUUGGUAAGGCUCAUCAUUGGCCUUUGUUAUAUUUGCACUGUGACAAAGGCAGUGGAUGAUACAUUUCCAAUCAUUGCUGAAGAUAACCUCUUCUAUCUUUGUGACCCAACUACCCUUAUUAAAACUACCAGGUAAAAUUUUGGAGUUAGAUUUUUAAAGCCAUUGGGCUAUGGCAGUCUGCCUAGAAAAGAAAAUUGAGAAACAGAAUAUUCUUUCAGUCUCUCCACAAUGUGUUACUUACACAUGGCAGGGAAAGGAAGUUUAAAUCAAACCCACAGUUUGGUUCUUAGGUCCUCUGCUGAUGAAUUCUCACUCUAUCAGGGAAUGAUAUGUGACACCAGCCUUAGGAACCUGGUGUUUGACUGUAAAUCUUUCUGUUGAGCUUUUUGUAUUAGUUGAAUGAAGUUAAAGAAUAUGAAUUAUUGAAUGCAGUUCUGUUCAGCCAAUAGGCACUUGAUAUACAGAAUGGUAAAUUUAAAUAUAAAUUAAAUUUUUCUAAUAUUAUGAUCAGUACUUAACUCCAUUGUGGUUCUGUGUCUUUAACCGCCUCAUAAUAAGAACUCUCGUUGAGGACUGGGCUACAGAAUGUGCUUUUAGACUAUGUCUGCGACUCCCAUAGAUUUUUGUAAAAUUUAAACAGAGUUAAUUUGUGUUUACUGCUGAUGUUACUUUAAUUUUGAAUUAGCAGUUCAUCCUGAGAGUUAUAUUCAAGUGUCCUUUCACAGAGGAAAAUAACAAACAGCUGAAAACAGCAACAAUAAAACUGGUGAGUCUGACUCAUAUUUCACUGGGAGAAAGUUUUUGGAAUACAUACACAUUUGGUGUAUGUAAGAGUUGGGUUUUCUUUUCCCACUUUCUGAGAUAUACUAACUUGUGCCAGGCUCUUAAAUAAUUUUGUUAUGUUUUGCAUUUUUGAGGCCAACCUUAUUUUGCAACUGAAAAAAAGUCCAGUUUUGCAUACACAGAAGUUUGGUUACUUUAGAAGUCUCACAGACUGAAUAAUUUGAUAAUAAUUGAAUAUGAUACUAACAGCUUUUUAAGAAGAGGUUCUAUUAGUCAGUUUUCUCCUUGUCUGCAAUGUCAUGUUGGCUAAAUGUCUCUUGUGGCCAGUCUUAGCAGACAGACCUAACACUCGCUGCAUCCUCUUGUGCCUUACUUUUUACUUUCCUUUCGCCAUUAUGGUAGGUACACAUGUAAGAUGGUAAGUUUAAGGCUAAUGAACAUGUGUUUGUAAUUUCCUUCUCACUAUUCUGCAGUUAAAGCUAAGGCCUUAGGCAAAAUCUAGAAAUGUUUAUGUUGUUUUAUUUUUUAUCAAGUGGUGUCGACUUGAGAAGUACCAAGAAAGGUUGUGCUUACCUGUGUAACUGUGGGGAUUAGCCAUGAGAUCAUGAAGCUGAAGUCAGCCUGCUAACCAGCCUGUUGUUCCAAAAGGAAAAGAUGUUUCCAAAAAUGUUUUUGCUGUAGACUGUUUAAAAAUAAAAAUAAAUUAUAUAAUUUAUUACAUGAAAUAAAUUUUUAAUAAG